UUCAAACUGUUCAUUUUGUGCACUGUGUUUUUGAUUCUGACCGUUUCUGCUUCCUCCUCUCCUCAAAAGGUGAGUGCGAAAACCAAUUGUGCAAUUGUGCACACGAGUUAAAAAAUAAACUUUGCUUCAAAUAUCCCUAACAGAUAAAAAGAGACAAUGAAUUGCCUUAUCCCAGGUGAAGUCGCCGAAAUAGGCCAUUUGCACGAUGACGUCAUUUUACUACUACCACCAGAACCCUUCAGGGUCGCGCUUUCUCGUGCAAAUUAGAGCUUUUGUUACUUAAACCUCAAUGGGAUUAACACAUUUAAAUAUGAAAGAAAAAACGACAUGAAUUCUGGUCCUAGGAGUAAAAAGACGUAAUCGUGAAUAUGGCCUAUUGUUUUUUUUGAGCCAUGACAAUGAGGUGAAAUAAGCGCCCUAUCACACAUGUAAUAUACCUCGAUGGUAAGGCCUUACACUUUUGACGAAGUUUUUUCACAUUUUAUUCUAUAUUCAGUCUGUGAGUAGCAUUAAUUACAGAAAUAUGACAUCAGUGAAGGAUCGUAGCUAAGGUUCAGGCCCGUAGGAACGAAUUUGAAAUUUGUCCAAGGAAACCACACACGUUUUGCCGAAAUUACUCAGUUAUAUUCCCACUUUAUUCUGUAUUUGCUCUGUGAAUAGCACUGAUUAUUUUAUACAGAGACAUAAUGUGGCAUCACUGAAGGUUCGUAUCCCUUAUCAAUUACCUUCAAACCGUGUUGACUAAGUGCAAUAGUGUUGUAGACCGAAAAAACAAUUUCUUUGAUUUUUCUGUCCGAAAACCUUACCAAAGAAUAAGAGCUUCCCAUUAUUAAACUGCUAAAUAUAAAAGUAAUAAUGAUAAUGAUAACAAUAAUACUAGAAUAAUAAUAAUAAUUAUUAUUAUUAUUAAUACAGUUUUAGCAACAAUACACCAAGUUGCCCAGAAAGGAAGGAAGGAAGGAAAGAACAAGCCAUUAUUUCAACUAUUAAUACUAUAAAAGUGAUAUCGAUAGUACGUUGUAAAUUCCAUGAGGUUGGGUAGUGAGAAAAUAAUAGGUUGAUUAAAAAUAUGAUUGAUUAAAUAGAUUUACAUCAGUUCCCGACUACCCCUCUUGUAGUUAGCCACUAAAUUAAAAGGAAGUCAGCACUAGAAAUGAAUGUUACAAUAACGUCCCAAGCAGCAUUUUAUUGAAGAAUCGACUUAAGCAGCUACAAGUCCCUUGUUCUGUCUGACCUUUCCUCUGUAAAAGCGUUGAACUGAGUUUGAAUCGUCAGUCUAUUAAACAAAGUGCUUUAAGAGAAAAAUACUUUAACAGAAUUGAAACAACACUGAAAGCAAAAAACGUUAGAUCUUUUUUUUUUUUCUUCAGCAGCAUUCCGUGGCAAAAUUUACAUUCAAGAUGUCCGAAAACGGAACAGACUACGACGAGGAAGUAGAUAUUGAUGAAGAAAAGGAAACAGAAACUUUCCACGUGCCAAAAGUUUCACCCCAAAAAGACUCGGGAGAUGUAAUCUACGAUUUCAAGAAGGUAAGGCAGCCAUUUACACGCACGUGUGGUCUU